GCCGCUCGAGCACGACGUUCUCUCGGGAUAUUCGCCUAGCGGUCGCCGUCGGCGCCGGCCUUGCUGCACUGUUUACGCGGCGUAUAUAUACCUAUUUUGUUCGCGCGACCAUGUUCGCUUGAGCUAAUUGAUAACGUGGUACUCACAUUUGCACGUGUACGUGGAAGCUGUAGUGAGCUGAACUUGAAUUUGUAUCCUAUCUUAAGCGGCGAUAUUUAGAAAUCAACAUGGGUUGCUUCGUUAGCAAAGAUAAACUUACGAAGGAGGACAUGGAUUUCCUCAAAACGCACACGUCGUAUGACGAAACUACUAUCAAGGAGUGGUAUAAAGGAUUCAAGCAAGAUUGUCCUAAUGGAAGGUUGACCCCGGCUAAAUUCGUCGACAUGUAUAAGAUGUUUUUCCCAUCUGGUAACGCCGUCGAAUUUUGUGACCAUGUAUUCCGAACAUUCGACAUGGACAAGAACGGAUACAUAGAUUUUAAGGAAUUCCUACAAGCUAUUCACGUGACAUCCAGCGGAACUCCCGAAGAGAAGUUAAAAUGGGCUUUUCGCAUGUACGACGUAGACGGAAAUGGAGUGAUCGAUAUUCAGGAGAUGACCAAAAUAGUUCAAGCUAUAUAUGAUAUGCUGGGAGCGUGUUCAAGUAACAGACCCGCUGAUUCUGCCGAGGAGCGCGCUAAGAACAUUUUCGCGAAAAUGGAUGAAAACAACGAUGGUCAACUUACACAGGAGGAAUUCCUUAAGGGUUGUCUUCAAGACGAAGAGCUUUCCAAAAUGCUUGCACCUUAAAACCCUUAUUUUUAGCCAGAUAUACCCGCCCUUUCUCCCGAAUACCUCAGUAUCUACCGACGGCGUUAUUUUUUUUAAAUCAUAUGCUUUUUAAAAGACUAAUUAGUAAUCUAUUUGUCUGAAUUAUAAUAAAAAAAUAAAAUAAAAUAACUUAAAUAGUUCAAGUAA